ACGUACGGAACCCUAAAUGCAUAUUCAUAUAAAGGUCCACCUGAAAGCUAAUGACACAGUCCUGAUCCAACAUGGAAUCAAGCAACAGUUUUCUAUUCAUAUCACUCCUGUCUCUUGCAAUUAUUUGCAUCGUGUAUUGUCGGAAAAAGCUCUCCUACUGGUCUAGUCGUGGAAUAGAACAGUUGCCAGCUCCUCAUUGGUUCUUCGGGCACUAUAAGGAAGGGAUUCUAUUUCAAGCAAGUCCUGGCUGGCAUUUAGGCCAGCUGUACAAGCGAGCGCGUAACGCGCCGCUCGUAGGCUUCUAUAUCUUCCAUAAGCCAUGUUUGCUUCUAAAAGAUCCUAAGAUCAUCAGACAGAUACUGAUUAAAGACUUUAACACGUUCCCUGAUAGACAUUUUGCCGGGAAUACUCAGAAAGACAGUAUUGGCUUGAGGAACUUGUUCUCUGUGAGGGGUAAGGACUGGAAGUAUAUGAAAGAGAAGAUGGGUCCGUUGCUGAAUAAGUCAUUCAGGCAGAUGCUGCCGCUCAUGACGGAAGCUGGAGAGCCGAUGUUGCGGCACAUCGACUUGAACAAGGACAAGGAGUUGGAUGUCCAGGAUCUGGUUUACAAGUCGACUGCCGAUCUGAUCGCGAGCGUGGCGAUGGGGACCAAGAUUGACUCUUUUAGUGAUCCGAACGGAGAGCUACCUCGACGUAUGUCGGAAUAUUUCUACAGCUUCGAGCGUAUGCUGGCGCUGGUGUCUGUCUUCUUCGUGCCCGAUGCAGUCGACUCAAUAAUCGGCUCCCUCCUCUUCUUCAAGUCUCACUUCAUCAGAAAGGUAUUCUGGACCGCGAUGGAAGAGAGAAAGACGUCGGGGAAAGAGAGAGGAGACUUUGUAGACUUCGCUAAGAAGAUGCAGAACGAACCUCAGAGCCCGUAUGAAUUCUCUGGCGACAACCUGAUCCACCAAGCCGGUACAUUCUUCGCCGGGUUCGAAUCCAGCGCCGCCACCGCCGCGUUCACGCUCACGCAGCUGGCUAGGAACAGGUCUAUUCAAGAGCGAGCGAGGGCAGACGUCCAAAGGGCGGUGAAGAAACACGGCUGGACUUACGAGGCCUUUGUGGACAUGAGGUACCUGCAGCAAUGCAUUCAGGAGACCAUGAGGAUACAUCCGCAGGUGUCCACCCUGGACCGCGUCGGAAGGGAAGACUAUCAGGCAAGUUGGACUUAUGAGGAGUUUGUGGACAUGAGACUGCAGCAGUGGCUGCAGACCAUGAGGAUACAUCCGCGGGUGUCCACCCUGGACCGCGUCGGCGGUGAAGGGAACCAGGGCUCUCCAAAAUCCGGCCCGCGAAUUCAGAUUCAGCCCUAUCAGCACCGCCGCUGGCCAAUACCAAACACCAACAUAACCAUAAAGAAAGGAACAGCCGUGUACAUGUCCAUCUACGGGCUCCACGAGGACCCGCAAUACUUCGCGGACCCCGGCACCUUCGACCCCGGCCGGUUCGACCAGGGCAGGGGCAUAUCGGAGGCCUACAUGCCCUUCGGAGCUGGGCCCAGGAUGUGUCUCGGUAUGAAGAUUGGGUACUUACACGCUAAAGUAGCGACUGCGAUAGUGCUGGCCAACUACGAAGUGUACCAAGAGCGCGAAGAACGACUGAUCCUGGACCCGCGGUCCACGUUCACCGCGGCCUCCGAAGGACUCAAGCUCCGGUUUAGGAAACUCGACGACAAAGAACGGAUCCAACUUUAAACUGAAUUUACUUUAAAAAUCGUAGUUCAAGACCAAAAAUGAGAUUAAAGGUCGGUUGCACCAAACUGUGAGUUCGCUAAAUUUU